ACUUCCUGUGGGACAGGAGGAAGGUCACUAGUUGCUCUGGGUCUCAGCACCCCAGCUGAGAACGAUGCUUUCUCCCUCCUCUGCUUUUUUGAACUCGCUUGUUUAUAUUGCUAGCUUUUCAGCAGAGUAACAUCUACCCUGGCUGUGCGCUGAUCACGAUGGGUCCUGCUCUCAGCUGGGGCCUCUAGACACCACUACGAAUAACAAAUAUGAUUUUCCCUUUAUGCUUGUCUCCUUCAUCUCCAUCCAUGCUGCAGUGCCUGUGAGAGCCCGCAAAGAGACGCUGUCUUUUGCUGCUUCGGGAUCCCAGCAAGACAUGGGAGUCUGAUGGAUUAUAAAUGCACCUGCUUUGUUUAAAACCCAGCCAAACAGAUAAGUGCCCUUUUAAUUAUCUCACAACGGCAUUUUAGACAUAGCUAGGCACAGCAUCUCUCUCGGGUUUCAAUUCGGUGAGCCCUCUGUGUUUUACCAUUGCAAAUGAAUGCUCUGCAGUUCUCCUUUUAGCUGAGAAAUACCAGAUGAUAUUGGUAUUUCACGUGAGCCAUUAAUUAGCGUCUGAGGGAACUGCAGCUGGUGGCUUGGGAAGCUCCCCGGGCUCUUUUCCUAUCCCUCUGGAGCUGCUGUCUCCAGCAGCCUUGUGAGGUUUUGGGACUCUGAGGAGCAGCUCUGCGGGACCAGACAAGACCCAUCUGAGCCUUAAGGAGUCCUCUGGGACUCAUUAGAGGUUUAAUAACUAAACUUGGCUGGUUUGAUUGAGAAGAUGCUUGUGCAGGCUUGGCGCUAUCUCAGAGAAACCAUCUAACGCUGCUGGCAGGAGAGAGGGCUUUCUGCAUGUGCUAUUCAUGUGUGUGUGGAGAAAGCGAUAGCCCCCGCUUCUUCCUGCCAGUUUCCAGGUGGGAAAAUAGCUGGAUAUGGGGGACAGAAGCCCUUAGUUAUACAGGGUUUAUACAGGGCGUAUAAAGUAUUGUGGGUGAGUGGUAACAAGAGUUGUCCCCUCAAAGUUAUGGAGGCAUUUAUAUCUAUGGAUGGAAAAUACAGACUAUCAAGAAAAUAAUUUCUGGCUGUGUAGAUCAGUUUCUAUAGGUGACCACUGUCUGCUGUUGGACACACCACUGCAGUCAUUAAUUUAAGGAAUCCAUAAAAUGUGGUCUCACACACAGUGUAACUUUGCAGUAGUAUACAGCCAUGGGGUUGUGGCAAAUAUUCACUAUACCUGCAAUUUACUGGGUCAGAAUAACGGAAAAAACACUAAAGCUGAGCAUGUGAGUGUUGGAGGGGAUGUGUGGCAGGAAGGGGGACAGGAGCAGAAUUAUCUGCUCCAGACCUGUCUUGUCUGCUCCACCAGCGUUAAUUAGCAGUGUAAAAUGUCUACCUUGCUCUUAUGAAAACUUCAAACAAGUUUGCUACAGCAAAUUAGACUGUAGUAACUGAUGUGAAUUCAACUUACCUACUUCAGCAAAAGGUGAGUUUCUUGGUGAAGGUGCCAGCCCAGGACUGACAGAGAGCCUGAGGAGGCAAGGUAGUGAAGUAGGUUACUGUGGUGUGAGACCUGGAUCUCGAUCAACUCAUGUGAUCCCUAGAGUGUCUGAAGUUCCCUCUUUUCUAGGAAAAACUUCACUUCUGCUGUUAUUACCAAGCAAAUUUUUUUAUUAAUAGAAGGAAUAACAUGUCUGAUAUUAAUGAAUAUGCUCUGUCUUACAAUUGUAAGGAGUAUUUAUUCCUGGCUUUUCAGUACUCUGAUAGCAAAAAGGCUUGACAGUGUAUCAAGAAACACUGAUUAAAUGAAGCCCUAGCGAGAAAACCGGGGUUUGUUCAUUUAGCAAGGAUGGAUAGGAAGUUCGAAAAGCUUGUAUUAAGUUUAAAAAGCUUAUAUAUUCUGUGUACCCUAACAGAGCUCUUUGCUCCUCAAAAAAAAAAAAAAAAAAAAAAAAAAAAUUACCCUCAGAGAGCCUCAAGGUCUUGAUUAUUAGGUUUGCAACUUGAAAUCUGCUUUCUGCCAGUGUGCUGAUACCAGUGUUCCCCCAAAUUAGGUCCCAUUACAUUAACCCUAACCUGGCCAGUUCCAGUCUUGGCAUCAAAAUUGCAUUUGGAAAUCAUACCUUGAAGUGUGGCACACAACUUGUAAUGCUCUGUGCUCCUUGGCAGAAGAGGCAGAACGCAGUCAGGGCCCCCCUCAGGAGCUGUACCGAUGUGAGAGGUGAUACUGUGCUAUGUGCACCUGUGCUUUGGGUGGUGCAUCCAGCAGCUGAGCAAAACAGAUUCAAGAGAUCUUGACAGGUUUCUGUGAAAAAUCUUGUCCAGAAAAGACGACCCCCGAAUCCCUAACUUUUUCCUCAUCUUACAGGUGAGCCUUGAGAACACGUGGGAGACCAUAGCUCCUGAAUGCAUGACCUUCCUUUGGGAUUAGAAGGAAGCCAUGGGGAAAGACAAGAAAGAGGAGGCUGUCUUUCUGAGGAAAAAGAUAACUUUGCUGCGGGCUUUCUCGCUCCUCAUUGGCAGCAUGGUUGGCAGUGGCAUCUUCAUCUCCCCAAAGGGAGUACUGCAAAACUCCGGCAGCGUGGGUUUCUCCCUGGUUGUCUGGUUUGCCUGUGGGCUCCUCUCAAUGUUUGGUGCCUUGAGUUAUGCAGAGCUUGGAACAAGAAUCACCAAGUCUGGAGGACAUUAUAUCUACAUUUUGGAGACACUAGGGCCUCUGCCAAGUUUCUUAUUCCUGUGGGCAGAGUUUUUUGCUAUCAGGCCUGCCAACAGUGCUGUGGUUUCUUUGGCGUUUGGACGCUACAUGCUGGAGCCAUUUUUUGCCCCCUGUGCAGCCCCUGUCCCUGCUGUGAAGCUUGUAUCUCUCCUGGGGUACUUGUGGUCUCCCCUCCAGACAUGGUCCUCACCCUCAAUUCCUGGAGCGUCACCUGGAGCGCUCGGCUGCAGACGGCUCUCUCCAUCAUCAAACUCCUAGCUCUUGCACUCAUCAUCGUGCCAGGGAUGAUGCUGCUGGCCCAGGGCCACACCGAAAACUUUCAGGAUGCAUUUGACAGACAGUCACUGGUUUUGGAUAAGCUGCCCCUGGCUUUUUAUGCAGGCAUGUUCGCAUAUUCAGGCUGGUUUCAGACUAGCUUUGUGCGUGAAGAGUUGGUCAGACCUGAACGAAAUAUCCCCCUGGCUGUCAUUGUGUCCGUGAUCACAGUAAUUGUGGGGUACAUGCUCACCAACAUCUCCUAUUACACAGUCCUGGGAACUCAAGACGUUCUGGCUUCUCCUGCUGUGGCUGUGAGCUUUGUGCAGCGAGCCUUCAAAAGCCUGAUCUCUGUGGUCCCUGUUCUUGUUGCACUGUCCUGCUUUGGAACAAUGAAUGGAGGAAUCUUCACAUUUUCAAGGACUCUGUUUGUGGCUUCCAGGGAAGGACAGUGGCCUCCUCUCUUCUCCAUGAUCCACAUUCGAAGGCACACGCCCCUUCCUGCUGUCAUGUUAAUGUUCCCUUUGGUUACUGCCAUGGUGUGUAUCGGAGAUAUCUACCAUCUAAUGAACUUCUUCAGCUUUUCUCGAUGGCUCUUCAUAGGAUUAGCUACCCUCGGGCUCAUUGUCCAUCGCCACCGUCAUCCGGAGCUGCACAGCCCGUUCAAGGUUCCCCUGUUCGUUCCCAUCUCUUUUACCAUCAUCUGCCUCUUCACAGUGGCAAUGUCUUUCUACUCAGACCCUGUGAACAUUAGUAUCGGAUGCACCGUGGUUUUAAGUGGCUUUCCAGUCUACUACCUCAUAAUCCAUAGGCAAAUGUCAAGUCGUUGCCGUAGCCCAUUUUAUUACCUUACACACAAACUACAGUUACUGCUGGAAGUGGUCCAACAAGAAAUCAAGACUUACUAAGAAAACCAUCAGAACUCAUAGGAGGAGAUAAAAUCUACUUCGUUUCUGAUACCUUUGAUCCUACCAAAAGCAGGACAUGUUCUUAUUCUUUUCAUCCUGCAAAUGAGGAUAAGCCUGAGCCAAAACCUUGUUGCAAGUGUUCCUAAGCUUGCUGAUUAGGAUUAAUGUGCCACAUCUGUUUCAGCCUUUUUCUUUUUUCAGCAGACCAGUGUAGUUCUCUGAAAUGAGCUUGCUUUGCCUGCAGUGUCUUCGAAGAUUAGGAUCUACCAAGAUCCUAAUUUUGCAUCCUAGCUCAGUCCUCAGUAAAAUAGUGUGUGUAUAUACACACGCACACAAUUUUUACAUUUCCUAACUUUGCAAAUACGGGAAGGGAUCAUACUGCAGAACUUAGAGUCCGAUACAUGGAAGCCAAAUGCAGAUUUCGAACUGAAGUGUAGUAGCCACACUGGACAAGCAUUAUGAAGGGAAAUGGGUGGUGACAGCAAAUUAGAAGUAAAGUAGAUGAAUUGGAAAGGAGGAGGCAGAGGGAUAAAAUUUUAUUCACUGAAAAAUACAGAUUCAGGUUAAUGAGAAGAUAUUUGAAUCCCCUUUUGAAAGUCAAAUAUUAACAAAGUAAGGUCAGGAUGUUUUGAUUUUGUAUAAGCAGAAUGAGUUUAUUUUGCUUUGAAAUAACGUUUCAAUUUUGAAUUUUAUUUUUCUGAAAUGACAUUUCAAAGUGUACAAAGAGAUUAAAAAAGCUUAAUAUCAAAAAGAAUAUGACAAAACAGAUCCUAAUCCCUCCCCCAACUCCCCAGCCCCGCUCCUUACCCAGUACUACCAGUAAAUUGUAAGUAAAAGUAAACUUGAAAAUUCAGAUUUUGGCUCAACUCCCAUGAAAUACAACUUCUCCCUUAGUUAGACAAGACCACUGAUGAGACUUGGGCAGAAUCCUGAAGUGCAUCUUUUGGUGCUGUAAGAAGAUGUGAAAGACUUUGUCAGAGCUUUAACUUUAAAGACUUGCUGAAUCAAUAAAUAAAUUUUCAUUUGAA